AUGGAUUGGAAAUCACGCGGAAACGCGUUCCGAAAUAAUGAUAUAAAUGUGGCUAAAAUUUAUAACAAACAAAAUAAUACACUCAUCAAAGAGUAUAACAUCUCCGGAGCGUUGGAACCGUUCGCCAAAUUUGGCAAUUCUUUUAUAGUCGAGCGAUACGGACAACCCCUCAGAGCCUAUGGAGCAAAGAGUUAUCGCAUUGAACUGUAUUUGCAGUCAAAAUCACUCAUCCAAUUGGUUCGCAUCAGUCUAUCGGUUGUCAAUCAUUUAAUUGAUGAACGGAUCCGAAGAACCAAAUGGAAUAUAACUGAUGUGAGAGUCAGUCCGUACCGCAAGUGUUCACUUCACUCCCACAGCGCCGUCAGCCCCUGGGCUCACAACUCAACCCGUUUUGACUACUGGUACUCAUGCGAGUCACUGGACGCACCAAACUUUGCAAAGGAGUUGAAAAACAAGUCAAAUAUGAUCGCCAUCGACACGGAGGCCGGGGAUGUGGUGGACAUGGAUUUAGCGACUUUCAUACUGGCAGACCAGUACACCAACGACGGCGAUCCCCAUCAACCCAUAUGCGGGACACCGGAAAUACCGAUCGGUUUGGACACACAUGUGAUUAAUCAUCACACGAGGUAUGCGUUCAAAUGCGCGCAGGGAUUCUCGCGCACCGACGGAUCCGGCGCUCCCAUCGACUUCGCGAGCCAUGAGUUGUUCUGCGAUACAGACAUGAAAUGGAAGGGAUCUCUACCCGACUGUAUGCCUCAGAAAACGUGCAAAAAGUUUGAGUUAACCGAAAAGCAUUUGACGGAAGUCUAUCACUACGAGAAA